CUUCAGAUGAGGAUGAGAUGAAGAGGGUAAUUAUGUCUCAAGCGGUGUCAGCUUGUGUACAGGCUGUUGGGGAAUAUUGUCGCUACUACAUGUUCAAACAACCGGCGCGUCAUGGGGAUGAUGAGCGAGCGAAGUUCAUCAAUUCUAUUAUUCGGGCUAGCGAUGGAGAUUGUUUAGAUCAACUUAGGAUGAAUCGAGAUUCAUUUUUUGAACUAUGUACGCUAAUACGCGAGAAGACAAGACUCCGUGAUACUCGUAAUGUUAGUCUUGAAGAACAAGUAGUUAUUUUUCUACACACAUUGGGACACAAUGUUCGCAACCGGGUUUUAGGUCACAGAUUUAUUCGAUCAGGAGAGACUGUCAGUCGGCACUUUCACCGUGUUCUAACGGCAAUUGUAUCACUAUACCCCGAUUUAGUUAAAUCAGCCGGAACAGAGACGCCGUUGGAGAUCCAAACAAAUCUAAAUUGGUCUGCUUACUUUCAGGAUUGCCUUGGUGCAAUUGAUGGAACACACAUUCCUGCACAUGUUCUAGCGGUUGACCAGGCGAGUUUUCGCAAUCGUAAAGGGGUCCUCUCCCAGAAUGUCCUGGCAGCGUGUUCAUUCGAUAUGAAAUUUACAUAUGUAUUGGCCGGUUGGGAGGGUUCUGCUUCGGAUGCGAGGGUGCUACACAACGCAAUGACUCGAUCAGAUGAUCCCUUGAUUGUCCCAAACGGAAAAUAUUACGUUGUCGACGCUGGAUAUGCUCAUUCACCUGGUUUCAUGGCUCCAUACCGGGGCGUUCGAUAUCACUUACAGGAGUAUCGAACCGGGAGAGCGCCUGCAAACAUGAAGGAGCUGUUUAAUUAUCGACAUGCACAAUUGCGCAAUGCAAUCGAGCGUUGUUUUGGUGUUUUGAAAGGCAGAUUUCUCAUAUUGAAGAGCGCUAUGCAAUAUGAAUUUCAAACACAAGUCCAAAUUGUGAUAGCAUGUUGUGUCCUACACAAUUAUAUACGUACCGAAAAUGAGUCUCGACUGGACAGCGAUUUCGUUGGUAUAUCUGCAGCCGAUGGGGUGGCUAUCCCGACACCUGUAGAGGUAUCAACUAAUGAUGAGCGUCAAUGGUCCAUUCGAGUAACUCGGCGUGAAAAAGAUGCUUGGAAUCGAGUACGCGAUGACAUUGCAGCUAGAAUGUGGGCAGAUGCUCAGCACAAUAGUAGGAGUUGAUAGUCGAUACUUCAUGUGUCAUUUACAUUACAUUAGUUGGAUGAUAGUAUAUUUCAAGUUUACUUAACUU